UACAAAAGUGUUAAGCAUAACAAUUUAAUCUCCGUCCGUAAAAUUAACCAGGUUUAGUUCUACAAUCAAGCACAUCAAGUGUUUAUAAUGUUAUUAAAAAUUCUUUAAAAAAAAGUACAGGAAUAUUUUUUUAAACAAUUGCUUAUAGACAGAUUUUAAAACGAAACACAAAGAAAUGAAGAUCUUGAGAUUACUAUUAAUACUUGCCAAGCUGACAUUAAGCUGUAUGCAGACCUGUGAUCCAACACCAGACCCAUGCGCUAAACAAAAUAAUACGGCCUACGAGCGCGUGAAAGAGAGCCUACACAGUGUCAAGGUCUGCAAGUAUGACGCUACCGAAACAGAGCGACAGCUGAAGGGCGAGUUGGUUGAUCAUUGGAACGAGAAAACUGAUAUCGUGAAGCAGACAAAGAUUCCGAUAUCGGACCUCCCGAAAUUUCUUGAUCAUCUCCACGACGCAUAUGAAGGGAUUGACGAAGGGACUAGAAAGAAGAUGAAUAGUGUGUUUUUCGCGAAAGGAGGAUGGGAACACAAGUUGAUGGAAUGGAAAAUGGUCAAAGGCGAUGACGCCGUUGCAAGGUAUGGAAUGAUCGCCUUCGGACGCUCUCCCGACAAGGAGUUCGUGGAUUGUAUGUUUGUCAUCUAUAAGUUGGACUUCAAGGUACUUUGCAUUCAUGUUUUAUCUAUCAUUCUACCACGGCACGUGACUUGUUUUCUAUACACAAAGAAGAAAAACUACUGUUGGUUAUUACCCCGAUAUACCAACAUUGCGCCGAAAGUUAUUGUCACAGAGAACAAGCACUCUAUGUUUUUCGACUUUAUUAAAUGGACGAUCCAUACUCAAGAAACCGAGGAACAAACCCUGGGUGUAAGAACCAUAAAGGCAUUUCAGAAUUUUGUAAGAUCAAAGGCGCUAAAGGGAUUCGUCGAAGAAGGUCUCAUAGAGCAAAUCAAUUAUGUCGGGUCCUUGGAUGAAAUUCCAGACGCUUGAUGGGCUGUUUAUGCUGGUGCACGAGCGUUUAAAGCCUUAUUGACUUUUGUGCUUAUUCACUUUUAUACAUUCCGUUUAAAGUUAGUGGUUUAAUUGUUUGUUUGUUGACUUCAACUGCGAGUGACAGCGGAUCACACUUAA